AUGAGUGGUGGGUUGGCCCCAAGUAAAAGCACAGUGUAUGUAUCCAACUUGCCCUUUUCACCGACCAACAAUGACUUAUACCAGAUAUUUUCCAAGUAUGGCAAAGUUGUAAAGGUUACUAUAAUGAAAGAUAAAGAUACCAGGAAGAGUAAAGGGGUUGCAUUUAUUUUAUUUUUGGAUAAAGACUCUGCACAAAACUGUACCAAGGCAAUAAACAACAAACAGCUAUUCGGCAGAGAGAUCCACGCGAGCACCGCCAUUGACAACGUAAGAGCCGCCGAGUUCAUCCGGCACUGCAGCUACUUCGACAAAUCCAAGUGUUACGAAUGCGGGGAAAGUGGUCACUUAAGUUAUGCCUGUCCUAAAAAUACGCUUGGAGAACGUGAGCCUCCAAAGAAGAAAGAGAAAAAGUAGAAGAAGAAAAUUCCUAAAUGAGAAGAAGAAGUUGAAGAAGUAGAAGAAGUAGAAGAAGAAGGGGAAGAUCCUGCUCUUGACAGCCUCAGUCAGGCCAUAGCUUUCCAGCAAGCCAAAACUGAAGAAGAACAAAAUAAAUGGAAACCCAGUCCAGGGGCUCCCUCAACAUCAGAUGAUUCAAGAUGCCUGAGGAUAAAGAAAAGCACAUAUUUCAGUGAUGAGGAAGAACUGAGUGAUUAAAAUUUUAUUUAUUAUGUAAAUAUCAUUAAACAUUUUUUUAAAUCUUGGAAUAUCAAGUUCAGUUGAGAUUAAAGGUUACUCUUAGAACUUGAGCAUAAGAACACUUAGUACCAAGUCGUUUUUCACUAAAAAAUAGUUGAUAGGGAAUUGAAAAAAAUUUUAAAGCAUCAUGUUUUAUCUUGCUUUAGCAGAGUAGUGAAAAAAUCAAGAUUUGCCAAUAACCAUUAAUAUUGAAAACAGUUCAUUUGACUAUAAAAGAGUACUUAAUACCAUCAUAAUACUAUUGUCAUCCCAAGAAAAAAGGUGUUAAAGAGACUUGCUAGAGAAGUUCAUUGUAAAAGUUUAUUCAUGUCUGAUUGUUUACACUAGGACUUUUGAAAUACAUUUUAUCUUUAAAACUAAAAUUUCAGAAAGGCUGAAAAGUUGAAUAAUUUACUGCUUAUUAAAUGUUAAUAAAAUUUUCAAGAGAAAAAAAA